AUGGAACUCAUUGGAAGAAGAGAUCUACUUGGAGAUGAUAUUGCUGCUGCUAAGAUGAGUAUCUCUGGUUAUGAACGAUCCAUUGUUAAUCAUAGAUGGCCUGAAGACCUUGGGGAAUUUAAAAGAAAUUUAGAAUACUGGAAAAGAGAUCUAACCGAAACCAAGAUACUACUAAAGGAUUUCUCCAAGGGUGAUAAGAAUGAAAUUCUUAGCACUACCAUGUAUGAUAUGCAUGAUGAAGGUGAUCCUAAAACCUAUGUUGAGGCAAUAAGCUCCAGAGAUGCUAAUUUCUGGAAAGAGGCUAUCAAUGAUGAAAAGCAUUCCCAUUUGAUAAAUGAAACUUGGAUAUACUGUGAUAUACCUCCUGGUGUUAAGGCAAUAGGAUGUAAAUUGAUAUUCAAGAGAAAGUUGAACGCUGAUGGUACCAUUGAUAAAUUUAAGGCCAGAUUGGUUGUUAAGGGUUACAAACAACAACAUGGUAUUGAUUACUUUGAUACAUAUGCGCCUGUUGCAUGA